CAAAGAAAUUCAUACCCUUGGUUAUUUUAUAGAAACUGGAGCUAUAAAAGCAUGGAUACCUGAAAACCAUAAGCUCGUAUAACAGAACCACACUCCAGACGGAUAACUUGUACUAUUGUUUGUAAGAAACAAGUGAAGACAAUGAACGUAGAAGAGGAGGUCGAGCGACUCAAGGAAGAAAUCACUAGACUUGGCAAGAUCCAACCUGAUGGUUCCUACAAGGUCACGUUUGGAGUCCUAUUUAAUGAUGAUAGGUGUGCAAACAUCUUUGAAGCACUAGUUGGGACACUGAGAGCAGCAAAGAAACGUAGAGUUCUUACAUAUGAUGGUGAACUACUGCUCCAAGGAGUUCAUGACAAUGUGGAAAUCACACUCAAAGCAACACCACCACCAGCAACUGCAGCCAGCAGCGGCAACUGAUGCAGUUCUAAAGAAAUAAACGAACUUAUAAUUCCAGCAAAGUUGCUAUUCUAUAUACUAUUUCCAUGUUCAUUGAGCUUUAAAUCUUGGUUAAGUAUAACAUUACUCUUGGAAACUCUUUGGUCGAUAAAUUUUUCCAGAGUGAGCUCCAACUGGUAUACUACAUCCAGAGAUAUAUAUGUUCUCUUACAAUAUAUUCAAACUGGAUACAGGGUUGUCUACA